GGAAUGGUUAGAUUGUUGUACCGGAAGCGGGGCGCCGCCGGGGCUGAGGAGCCGGAACCGAGAGACGGAGCGCGGGUCCCGGGCCGGAGCGGCGGAUGCCUGGGGUGACCCAAGGCUUAGACUUGGAACCUGCACCGUCCCAGGUACAUCGUUGCGGAGGGGAGACUAUGGCCAAGAUUCAGGCCCACCUUCAGCAGAUGAACCAUCAGAUCCAGGCUCAGACUUUUGCAGUGCAGAAACAGACGCAGCAACAACAGUUCCAGAGGCUCAAGUGUGCUUUUCAGGUGGAAGAUGCCUUGUCAUACCUGGACCAGGUUAAGAUGCAGUUUGGGAACAACCCGGCCGUUUACAAUGAGUUCCUUGACAUCAUGAAGGAAUUUAAAUCUCAAAGCAUCGACACUCCUGGUGUAAUUAACAGGGUUUCCCGGCUCUUCCAAGGACAUCCCGACCUAAUUCUGGGAUUCAAUGCCUUCCUGCCACCCGGAUAUAGAAUAGAGAUUCAGAAGAACAAGGCAGUGAGUGUGCAUGGACCCACCCCUGCUGAGACUCAGGUGCUGUCUGAGGCAGCACACGAGCGUGCAUCUGCCGCUCCCACCAAUGCCGCCGUAGCUCCCGCUGCCCGUGCCGAUCCUUCUCCAACCCAGAGCCCUCUGGUGGGCCACAAGGACGAGCACACAGACCGCCGUUCAAUCCGCGAAGACUCCACUCCACGUUUGCUGGAUCACCAUGACGAGCUGACAUCCAAUGAUCCACACCCCGUGGAGUUUGACAACGCAAUUAGUUAUGUGAAUAAAAUCAAAAACCGUUACUUGGAACGUCCGGAGGUUUACAAGUCCUUUUUGGAGAUUCUACACACCUACCAGAAGGAACAGCUCAUUGUCAAAGACACCAAGGGAAAACCUUACUGCGGCAUGACCGAAGAUGAAGUCUUUGCAAAGGUGGCCAACCUGUUCCGAGGCCAGGAAGAUCUGUUGACUGAGUUUGGCCAAUUUCUACCAGAUGCCAAACGAUCUCUGUUCACUGGAAGUGCUGCAUCUGAAAAGGACGAGAGUAAAAUGAUCGAUGAAGACGAUGGAUCUAAACACUCGCAAAGCAAGAAGCGUUUGCGAACAACGCUGCUGCCUCAAGUGCCUCCUCCACUCAAGAAAAAGCUGAAGUUGUCGAGUGUGAAGGACCGGUCGUUGGCUUCUGCGGGCAAACAUGGGACCUUGCGAGAGUUCAGCUUCUUUGACAGAGUCCGCAGGAUUCUAAAGAGCCAGGAAGUGUAUGAAAAUUUCUUGCGCUGCAUCGCCCUAUUCAACCAGGAGGUGGUGUCUGGCUCUGAGCUCCUUCAGUUGGUCACCCCAUUCCUGGGGAAGUUCCCAGAGCUUUUUGCUCGUUUCAAAUCGUUCUUGGGCCAGAAGGAGCUCUCACUCACCCAGCCUUUGCAGAGAGAUCGGCCAGUGGAUGGGAUUGCCCGGGAGAUUGACUACGCAUCUUGUAAGAGGUUGGGCUCCAGUUACAGAGCUCUGCCUAAAACCUACCAGCAACCGAAGUGCAGUGGGCGGACUGCAGUCUGCAAGGAGGUUCUCAAUGAUACUUGGGUCUCAUUCCCGUCUUGGUCAGAAGAUUCCACCUUUGUCAGCUCGAAGAAAACUCCUUAUGAGGAGCAGCUUCAUCGUUGUGAGGAUGAGAGAUUUGAGCUUGAUGUUGUCCUGGAAACCAACCUUGCCACAAUCCGUGUGCUUGAGAGUGUGCAGAAGAAACUAACCCGGAUGUCCCCAGAAGAUCAGGAGAAAUACCACCUGGAUAAUUGUCUGGGAGGAACAUCGGAGGUUAUCCAUCGCAGAGCCAUCUAUCGUAUCUAUGGUGAUAAAGCACCAGAAAUAAUCGAUGGACUGAAGAAAAAUCCAGCAACAGCUGUACCUGUGGUGCUGAAACGGUUGAAAGCCAAGGAAGAAGAAUGGCGGGAGGCACAGCAAGGCUUUAACAAGAUCUGGCGGGAGCAGUAUGAGAAAUCGUACUUGAAAUCACUGGAUCAUCAGGGAGUCAACUUCAAACAGAAUGACACUAAGGCACUGCGCUCUAAGAGUCUGCUGAAUGAGAUUGAAAGUGUUUACGAUGAGCGACAAGAGCAGAAUUCUGAAGAAGGUUGCCCAGGCAUCACAGGGCCCCACCUGAUGUUCGUGUAUGAGGAUAAGCAAAUCAUGGAGGAUGCUGCGUCCCUCAUCAUUUACCAUGUGAAACGACAGCCCACCAUUCAGAAGGAGGACAAGGAUCACAUCAAACGUAUCAUCUAUCAUUUUGUGCCAGACUUGUUCUUUUCUCCGCGUGGGGAACUAAGUGAGUCAGAGGAUUCAACGGACGAAGAGAUGGAAAGUGAUCAACGGCACAGUCAGCGCAAUAAUGCGGAUACGGGGCAGAAAGGAGUGGCUUCUCCGGAGAGCAGCCUGGCUGAGGAGCGGGUGGACCUACGCGACCAGGUAGCCGAAUAUCAAAAGAGCUUGGACGAUGUCUACAACCUCUUCUUCGUGAACAACAACUGGUACUUUUUCCUGCGGCUCCAUCAAAUCCUGUGCUACCGGCUACUGCGUAUAUACAGGCAAGCGGAGAAACAGCUUUUGGAGUAUCAGAUGGAGAAGGAGAAGGAGAAACAAUUGCAGGAGGGAAGGAAAGAGAAAGCAAGCGAUCCUGCCGUGGAGCUACGACUGAAACAGCAAAGUGAGAUUGAGUUGGAAGAGUAUUACCCAGCCUUUCUGGAUAUGGUGAGGAAUCUACUGGAUGGAAACAUUGAACCUACACAAUACGAGGACACACUGCGUGAAAUGUUUACAAUCCAUGCGUACAUUGGCUUCACUGUUGAUAAGCUGAUUCAGAAUAUCGUACGGCAGCUGCAACAUCUGGUCAGUGAUGAUGUGUGUCUGCAGGCAACAGAGGUGUAUCUGAGUGAGAGGAAGCGAGGAGCCGCUGGCGGGAGUUUGCCUUCCCAGUGUGUCCGAGCCAGUCUGGAAGCAGCUUACCAGCUGAGGGCUGAGCGGGUGAUGCCAGAUGAAAACUGUUUUAAGAUUAUGUUUAUCCAGAGUAAAGGACGUGUUUCCAUGACAAUUGAGCUAUUGGAUACAGAGGAAGCACCAUCGGACGAUCCCCUGGAGCUGCAGAAUUUAACAAGUUAUGUUGAACAAUAUGCUGGUCCAGAGGCAGCCCUACAGUUCGAGCAGACUGAUGGAUUCUUUUAUAAACCAGUGUUUUUACCCAGAAACCUUCGAAAAUUUCGUAAAUGGCAGCAAAAGCAGUUUCUAUCAAUGAGGAAUGAAAGCAGGAACAGCCGGCAGCGCAGCCUGGGUGUUGAAAACUCCAACAGCAUUGACUGCAAGUUUAAACUCAACACUCACAAGUUGGUGUACGUUAUGAACUCUGAAGACUUCAUGUACCGAUGUGGGGCUCUGCAUCGAGCUCGUGAGUCGCAAUGCCAGGUUGCCAGGUAUCAGCACCAGCAAUUUCAGUUGUGGCACAACCGCUGGCUGCAGGACCACGUGACAGACGAGACGGCCGAACUGGUGCAGGAUUGGCUGAUGGGCGAGGAUGUUGAGGACCUAAUCCUGUGCAAGACUGUCUGUGAAACCGACACCAUCCAUGACAUUCCCAUCAAUAAAUACCGUGUACAGUACAGUCAGUGCCCUCCCUCACCAUGACAUGCUUUUGCACUCAACGUUCUGACACACGCACACACUGCAGUUGCAAGUGCACUGCGUGACCGUGGGGAUACACCGUGCUCUCGGCUGGUGAGAUGAUUGUAAUGGCUGUCUGACUCCCAUGUAAGUGAAUGGUCGCUGCAGCACCAGUCUACAGAACACAGCUAGUGUUAUCAAUGAGGAAAUGCACUUGACAUGAAUCUGCUUGUGAUCCUUGGACUCAUUCUCCCUUCCCUUUCUCCUAUUUUGUCAUAUUUUCAUCUUCCCAACCAGAUUUCACAUUGUGAUGUUGCAUGACAUAUUUUUGGUUGUACCCAAAUGCUUGCUGAUGUGUACCCUGUGACCCUGUGAUACAACCUAACCACCGGAUAGCAGGACAAGUAAAAGAUGAUUAUGGUGGUCUCCAGCUGCUGCACCUCUCUCCCACCCCAUUCUUCUCCCCUUACCUUGCAAAAAAAAAGCAGAGGCUGUCAUUUCUUCACCUACAGUGGUAAAUAUCUGGGACAACCUUACAGAAAUGUACCAAGACUGCAAGGCUGUGGCUUCUUCAUCCAUGUACUGACUUCACCUCAUUAAAUAGACAUCUGAUAGACCAGCUGCUUAUGCCUUCACCAGUGAGACAUCUGCCAACUCUGGAGCAUGCUACACUCUGCCAAGCCAACUUUUCGUUAUUAGAGGCAACCUCGUCCAGAUCUGAACAAAUUGAAGGAUUUACAAGUUGCUGAGACCCUUUGAUUUUACAAUGCCCAGCAGGGGACCCAGUAUUAAAGGUUGGUAUCAGGUGCUGACUCCAAGUCCAGAGCUGGUGGGUGUAUUUGCUGCAGUCUGUGAAAGCAGUUCUUUGCAGCUUUGUUCAGCCCUGAACCGAAAUGCUUCAGUUGCAAUGAAGCAAUGUUAGUGCGCAUCGUUUGUUCUUGUGCAAACCCUAGGCCAAAUGAAGGUUAAAUGAAAGCAUCUUAAGCUGUCCUUGUUAAAUUGAAUGCCAUCUGGGCUUUGAGCUUGAACUGCCACAUUCAUAUUACGGCUGACAGCAUACCCCCCCCCCCCCCCCCCCGAGCUACUUGAGAAUUUGUUUUGAGUCCUCUCAUGGAUUGAGUCCUUUAACUUCCUUUGAAGCUGCUGUAUAUCAAGUCACACUGAAGAAUGCUUUCUCAGCAAGUGGGGUGAGAGUGAGGAAUCAUGGGCUGGAGAUACAAAAACAAACACACAUGUGUUAAUAUAUUAACUGCCUGAAAUUCAGGGGAUUUUUUUGACUAUUAAUGUAAAGUUUUCAAAUUUAAGGCUUGCUUCUUUACAGAAAUAUCUGUUUAAAUUAGUGUAUUGUUGAAAGAUUUCAAGUAUCGAGAAUGUUUUUUUAAAAUGUUUUGUGAAUAAGAGUAUCUUUAGAGGGAGGCUUAAAACUGUUCUGGGAGUAUUCUUAAAUCAAGCAGCCAUCCUGAUUACCUGCAGCAUGGUGAAGGUGUAGCAGGUUGAAUAAUGGAGUGUGGCCAAAGGAGAGGCCAUUGCAAAACAUUCUUGGGUGCCUAGGUGGCUCCCACACUGAGGUAACUGUGCUGGUUGGGGUUCAAAUUCAGAAAUUGCAGAGAUGUGUGAUUCUGUCGAGUGUAAUGUCUCCAGUGAUGGUAUGUUCACCGAUAUCCUCUGAAACCGGAAGUACGUAAGUAUGAGACAAGGGAGGAAGCUGGCAUGUGGUGGGUCUGGGUAUCUAUCACCAUUCAUUGCUUAUCCAUGUGGUUCACCACAGCUGAUCCUGAAGCAGCUCACACUUUCUCUGGUGAUGAGCAGUGGCGGCCCACACUUUGCUGCCUCUGUAACACAGACCUGCUGACUUAACAUCGACGGUAGUUGGAAGCUGACUCGGUAUGGGGGAGAAGGAUGAGGGGAGGGAUCGACCUCAGACAGGUGACUGCUUACAGUCCAAAAUGAAAAUACAGCAUCUGCUGGAAAAUGAGCACAGAAACUGCUGAUAAUACUGGGCAAGUCAGGCAGCAUUUGUGGAGAAAGGAAUAAACUCGAUGCUAAUGGCAUUUCAUCACAACUUCCAGCAUUUUGUGUUACUCAUAGGUGGCUGCAUCUGAAUGCAGUGGCCACAUCUGUAAUUUCUGUAUCUGCAGGACUAAGUGACCAAGUGGGAGAACUGCACUUUUCUACAUUUAUUUGCCAGGCUAGACCAGAAUUUCCAUGGAUUGCUUUUGGCUGAAAACUGUAAACAGUCAGAGGCAGAAUCAUUUUCAUAUAAACUCUGAUGCCACUGUUGCACUUUGUCCCUCCCCCAGAAGUGGGGUGUAGCAGCACUAGGGAUCCCAGUCACGGGUUGGGGAAGGGGGCACUCAUCGGGUUUGAUCGUCCAGUAAACUGGACAGGAACAGGGCUGCUGCCAUCAGCUGCAAAACAUGCAUUCACAUUAGCUGCAUUUAACAACUUAUAUUUAUCAAAUGUUUUAAAAGGAAAAAAAAGUCAAGAUAUUCUACAAUGAACUGUGUGUGCAAUUAGGGAAUGCGAGACAAAGUGAACUGUUGUGCUUUCCCAUCAACCUCCUGCCUUCUCCCACGACCAGUGUCCAUUAUGGAUGCUAAUUUACUUCAGUGGGGGAGAAAUGGUACCGGGGUGCUUGAAAUCGUUAUUUGAUUCCCAGUCACCUCCACCCCUACACCCACGCCAACUACAUCACCAGGGGACACCAGUAAGAUGGUGUGCAGGCAGAGACAAUUGAUUGGAGUAGUAUUAUAGUCUGUGAGCGAACAGCCUGUACUGUGGGGCCGCUCGUUAUAAGUAUUGCCACGGAGACCAUUCCUUUGGUGACGGCCAUUAAUUGAAUAGGCUCGCCUGAUGUUGACCGCUCACGGUGAUAAUUUUCAUUUUGUUCUUGCCGUGUGAAACUAUAUAAUGUGAUUUUACAUUGUGUGAUAAUUGAAAUCUCUUGAAUUGUCUUCAGAUAUGUCAAUGCCAUGCUCUCUGUUUUUGUAGUGUGAUGCUUGUUUGUGAAGUCAAACAUUCGUCUCUCUCGCCCUGUCUCGCUCGGCCUCCUCCCCCUCGCUCACCCCUCCCCCUUACUCCUCCCAUCCUCUCUCGCCCCCCCCCCCCCCCAAUCAGCCUAAGACUUUACUCGUUUCCCUGCAGCCCUCGCAGUUGACAUACAGUUCUUUAGUGACAGGGGACCAAGGCUCCGGAUCCCUCUUGUGUUACUGAUAUGCAAGUCUCCAUCUCCUCCUCCUGGGUUGAGGAUCCGGAGGUCCCUCCUCACCCCCACUUAGGAGAGGGAGAGGCUUAAAUCCUGAUUCUGCCUUGGAGGUAAUGGAGCAGAGUUUGGUAGUGAUGCCCUGGGGCUUCUGAUAACCUCUUGAAUGGGAAGUACUUGAAUCCUGGGUCGCUUUUAACUGUAACUUCUAAAAGUAAAAUUCCUUCUCAUUUUCUGUUUUGAAUAAUUUGAUUGCUUGGUUUUUAAAUCCCUGGGCUGCGCAGGGUUUGAGGGAGGGUUAACAUCAGCAGUUCCCUACAGUUUUCAUCCCUCUCGACAAACAGCAUUGUACCUUCAUACAAAAUGUAAUAAAAAUGAAAAAUAAUUGCCUGCAGAUCGUGACAGUUUAUUGGUAGGAAGGAGAUGCCAGUCAGCAAGGAGAGGGAGGGAAACAAUGGACAAUACGCUUAAGUGGGUGAGGUGAUAGCAGGAAUUCCGUUGUUCAUUUAUCAAUGCUGGAGAGUGGUGGGUAAGGGUCAGAAUGACUUGUUCCUUAGGAGCUUCACAACCAGCAUAUAUUUGUAGUUUAAAUUCAUAAUUGAGAAGUAACACGUAUGGAGAGAGAAGAGAAGCUGGAAUUUGAAACAAGCAAAUCGCUGAAGGAAGUCAGCAGGCCAGGCAGCAACUGUGGAUGCAUAGGGACAGUGGACGUUCGGGUCGAGGCCCUUUGCACUGAGCAACAGGGGGUGUAGCCAGCAUGGAUUUCACUGUCUGUCAAAUUGACUCACCUAUCUCAUUGGCGCCCUACAGCUGAGUUCAUGAGAUCUUGAUCAGAUGUCACACAAGUAUGUGCCAAUUGUAUAUCUCGUGGUUUUUUUUCCAUUUUAGGCUGUGUUUUUCUUUAAACAAAAUAAUAUUCGUUAAUCCCGGAUUGCAGACACAUUUUUAACUCCACAUUUAAAAGCGAAAUAACCGAUUUCAAGGUUAAGAUAGGAAUAACCUGUUCGAUACAAAUUGAAUAAAGCAACAAAAGACUC